UAAAGAGUCUGGCAAAAACUGCAAGAGAACCAAAAUCCGAGAAUAUUACCUAUACAAAACAUGUACUAAGCAAAAUUUCGCUUUACCUGGAACCUGGGAAAAUGUAAGGACAAAAGCGUCAUUGUAUUAUAAUUGUGAUCAACUUCGAAAGAUACGAAUGCUAAGAGGAAAGUGACGUCACUGAUAUGUUUUCCUUUUCUCUUUUGCCACAUUCUGAUGGAAGGUACUUGCUACUUGGCGCACCGGGAUCUGGCAAGACGUCUCUCCUCAAGGCUAUUGCUGGUCGUCUUUAUCACAAGGGAAAAGAAGAGUUGAAAGGGAGUGUUACGUACAAUGGGAUGGAACUUUAUGAUAGCAAAGGGUUCUACAACAGACCUGGUAUUCACUACGAGAAUGCAAUCUCCAUUAUAGAUCAAUUGGACCGCCAUGCUCCUAGGUAUACUGUUGAAGAAACAUUUAAUUUUGGAUUUCGGUGCAAACGUCGCAAUGGUACUCACAUUGAUUUUCGAUUCCAGGAGGACACUCAUGAAAAUCGAGAGCUCGCCAAGAGGGCCGACAACAAAAAUCUCUUAGUCGAUACUUACAUCAAGUUACUUGGAAUAGAUCACGUUAGAGACACUUUUGUUGGGAACGACGAGAUUCGAGGUGUAAGUGGGGGCCAGCGUCGCCGUGUGACAAUAGGAGAGAUGUUGAUGAACAAUACACCAAUUAUAUGCGGUGAUGAGAUCUCAAACGGACUCGACGCUGGAUCCACAUUUGAAAUCAUUACAGCGAUGAGUUACAUUGGCAAGAUCAGAGAAAAACUACAAGUGAUCUCGCUGCUUCAACCCAGUCCCGAAACAGUGUCGUUGUUUGAUGAGGUUAUUUUAUUGGGGGAAGGAAAAAUCUUGUACGCGGGAUCUAUAUUACGAGUAGAAAGUUAUUUUGCUUCUCUCGGGUAUGUGGCUCCAGUGCAUAUGGAUGUUGGGGAUUUCCUUCAACUUAUUUCCACACCUGACGGAGCAGAUUUGUACAACCCUCCACCAGCUAUUGCUGAAGUUCGACCGAAUGCCUUCACUCUCGACGAGCUGGCUGAGGAAUUCCGAAAGAGUCGGUUGGGAGAACGGAUCAAUAUGCACCUCCAAGAACCAAGCAAUUAUGUUUGGGGUAGUUCCCGUAGGAAUGAACAUCAAUCGACGAAGGACAUGGAUGACAAGGAAUAUUUAGAUGACCGGAAAUACGUUGCAAAAUAUCAGAACAGUUUCGCCGUUUGUUUUUGGCUGAAUUUGAAACGCCAAUUAACACUAUGGAGACGCGACAAACGUGUAUUGAUUGCAAAUGCUGUGAAGAACUCCAUCAUGGGUGUAAGCGUUGGAGGUGUAUUUUAUCAAACAGAUGAUGUUAUAUCGAUCUUAGGAGUUCUCUUUCAGGGUAUGCUAUUUGUGAUGCUUGGGGGCAUGGUUACAGCCCCAUCCUUUGUGAGCGAACGGCUCAUAUACUACAAACAGAAUGAUGCAAAUUAUUAUGGUGCCUUCUCUUUCGUUUUUGCCAAGGCAGUGUCAAAAUUACCGCAAGUGAGUAGCGUGUUGCAAUCCUAUCAAUUCUCAGACUCUUGUUAUUUCUUACGUUUCUCGUCUUCUACCUUUUCGAUUUAGACGACUUUGGAUUGCACAAUUUUUGGCACAAUACUGUAUUACAUGGUUGGACUUGCACCGCAACCUGAGUAUUUUUUCGUGUUUUUUGGAAUUGUUCUUGUAUUCAACAUUCUGAUGUCCGAGCUCCUAUUCAUCUUUUCGACGUUUGCCUCAACUAGUUCGAUGGUGCAAACAGCAAGCGCAUGUAUCGUCUUCAUUUUCAUGCUCUUUUGCGGCUUCUUCAUACCUCCCACCACAAUUCCAUCCUACUUUCAAUGGCUUUAUUGGUAUAACCCUCUUGCAUGGGCAUAUCGUGCACUAAUUAUAAACGCAUUCCGGAAUGGGGAUUACAUGGAGGAAGAGGCAGAUGCGAUCCUUAAACGCACCGGAUUUGUUUAUGCUGACAACAAACCGUUUGAUAGAGAUUGGAUCACUUGGGCAUACAUUUUCAUGUGUGGACAUAUUUUACUGUCUGUAGUGACAUCAGCGAUAAUCCUAUCAUCAGUUAGGGUUCAUAAAAAGCCUCCGCCAUCUUUUGAGUCAAUCGAAAUGAAAGAUACGGACCUCAGCAAACAAUCACAGAACGAGGAAACCAGCAAUAGCCAGGACGUGAGUAUUCCAUUCAAGCCAAUCACCCUCAGCUUCGAGAACAUUUGUUACGACGUGAAGGCUUCGACUGGUGACGAAGAUAUUCGUUUACUUCAUAACAUCAAUGGCCACUUUAGGGCUGGUCGGAUGUGUGCACUGAUGGGUGAAAGCGGUGCAGGAAAGACAACUUUGAUGGAUGUGAUUGCCUUGAGGAAAAACUCGGGUACUGUUGCUGGAGACAUACGUAUCAAUGGAUUUCCACAAGAGCAGUCUUCAUUCCGUAGAUGUUCAGGCUAUGUAGAGCAGUUUGAUAUUCAAUCACCACAGCUCACUGUAAGAGAAACUGUGAUAUUUUCUGGACUUUUGAGAUUGGAUUCCACCAAAGUGAAGACAAAUAAAGAGAAGGAACAGUUUUGCGACACGGUUAUAAAGAUACUUGAACUCACGCCACUAGCACAUUGCCUGGUAGGGAGCGACGAAGAAGGGGGUCUUAGCUUUGAACAAAAGAAGCGACUUUCAAUUGCAGUAGAGCUUGCUGCAUCUCCUUCAAUUCUGUUUUUGGACGAGGUGAGAAAAAAUUGGCUUCGUGCAUUUUUUGUCAAAGGCAGCUCUUUUCUGCUUGUUCGCAAGAUAACUAACAACGACCAUUUCUCCACUUUUUUCCCUUGUCGUACAUAUCGCAUAGCCAACAACUGGUCUUGACGCAAGAAGUGCCUCACUUGUCGUAAAAUUACUUCGAAAAAUCGCCGACCAAGGCAGGACUAUAUGCGCAACAAUCCAUCAACCCUCGUCUGCGGUUUUUGAAUUAUUUGUAAGUAUAGCUGUUUCAACUAAAACAAUCAGAUAGGUGGCAUGCACUCACUUCUUCUAUCAUUGCGUGUUUGCAGGACGAUCUCUUGCUGCUAAAGAAAGGAGGGCGCUCGGUAUACUUUGGAGAACUUGGAUUUCAAAGUAGAACUCUUAUAAAGUAUUUCGAAGCGUACGGAGCAACAAAAAUAAAGCCUGGAGACAAUCCUGCCAAUUGGAUGUUAAGAGUCUUACCAGAAUGCGACGAAGACUUUGCAGAUGUAUAUAUUCAGACUUCAGAAUAUUCCAAGCUUACAAAUGAAAUUGCUGCUGCCAAAGUAGAUCCCCCGAAGGAACUCAAGGUUGCUUAUUUGACAGAGUUUGCAGUACCUCGUUCUGAACGCCAAAAAUUGGCCAAUAAGCGGCUCCGAACGAUAUACUGGCGGUCACCUGCUUACAAUCUUGCACGGCUUAUGGUUUGCGUCGUAAUUGCAUUCAUAUUAGGUUCCGUGUUUGUCACCGAACGAAAUUUACAAGUGCUCACGGAAGAUAAAAUGAGGGCGUAUUUCUCAAUCACUUUCUUGUCCUUCAUCAUCGUCGGAAUCCUUUCGAUAGUUUCUGUUUUGCCAGUGAUGCUGGCAAUCAGAGACGUAUUUUACAAGCAGCUUGCAGCCGGAAUGAUUGAUAAUGACGCGGUUGGAUGGGCUUUAGGAGUGGCAGAAAUGGGUUUCAUAGUGCUGGCUUCCUUCCUAUUUUGUUUAGUCUACCUCUCUACGGCGGGAUCAUUUCCAGUCACCUUCAUGAGGGCUUUCAAGUUUUGGGUAAGGAUAGGUAAAUAGGAGAUGGUCGCGUACAGUUGAAUUUGGUUUUCUCUAACUUUUCGUUCUUUUUUCAGGGCUUCUUUACUUUCAACCUCGCAAUCUACUCUUAUUUUGGACAAGCUUUUAUGUGCCUUGUUCCCACCAUGGCUACAGCGCAAAUCCUCUGUAGUGUUUUUAUUGGAUUGAAUAACUUCUUUUCUGGUCUCAUUGUGAGACCUCAGUACAUGAAAAACAUUUUUGCUUUUACGUAUUGGAUAACACCAGGCCACUUCGUGUAUGAGGGACUCAUUCUCUCUCAAUACUGGGGUGAUCAGCGUAAAGUGAUUGCCACCGAAGGGAGUGAUUUUUACAUUUGGCUAAGGUGUGACCGGAUUGAUGACAGAGAAACCUGCGAAGGAUCUGUGGAACAGUACGUCUGGGUAUUCUUUGGCGAAAAGUUCAAUAAUGACAAUACUUAUCAAGACGUCCUGAUUCUUGCACUCUUCUUGGUCCUAGCUCGGGUUGCAACAUUCUUUGCGUUGAAAAAAUUCCAAUAUACAAAUACAUAAUUGUUUAUAACUAGUUGGUUUACCCUACGCGACAGAAUUCCGGGUAAAUAACCAAAACUUUCGAGC